UAGUUCAGUCUUCACAUAACACCACAGGACUACACAUCUCAUCAUUUCAUCACUCCAAAGUCCAAAGCAAUCUUCACACUUUCUCUCACAAAUUUUUCUCAGUACCUUUUUUUAUUUUUUGUUUUUUAUUUUUAGCCUUCUAUUAAUUUAAGCUCUUUGAUGGAUCAAAAUCAAAAUGAGGGUCAGGUUCUGAUGAAAGUUAUAAUAAACAACAAACAUUUUUUGAAUAGAACUUUGCAGUUUGUUCUCUCAGUUUCAGUGUUUUGUGUUUUUGUUUGGUACUCUUCCGGCUUUUCCAUACAUCCUCAGUCUUUCAGUGCAUACUUCUCCACGUGCCUUCUCUCCAUGUUCACUCACACCCUUGAAAGGAAAAUCAUGUUUCUCAUUUGCAAUGGAAUCCUUGCAUUUGUAGCCAAGACCUCACUCAUGAAGAAUUCUUCAGAUUCUGAUGAUUUUGAUGACCAGUUUCAACCUUCCAAUAUUCUGUCAGAGACAAAUUCAAGGGUUUCUGACAUGGUGGUUGUCCCUUUGGUGGAAAGUUUUGAGUCCCCAGAGAAUGUUCCUCUCAUAGAGGAAUACAAUGAAGAAGAUUCAGAAGGUGAUGAAGAUCAAGAAGAAGGUACCUUGUGUAGCAAAACCGAAGGAAGCGAAAGUGAAGGUUAUGUUUCACAAGAGAUGAAAGAAGGAGAAUUAGAAAGUGAGGUUGAGGAGGCAGAAUAUGAUGAACAUGGAGAAACAACAAUGACAACAAAUGAAGAGCUAGUGAACACAGAAGAACUGAACAGAAAGUUUGAAGAGUUCAUAAGGAAAAUGAAAGAAGAGAUCAGAAUUGAAGCUCAAAGACAGCUUAUUGCAGUUUAAUAAAUUAGUGCAUCUGAAUCUGAUGUAGUGAAAGAUGACAAAGAAUAAAGUGGUUUAGUCUGUUUUCAAAUAACUAAAGCAUAUUAUGGUUCUCUUUUGUUCUAAUUUACUUCCUUUUGUUUGCAUGUGUUAGUGUAGACCUAGUUAUUCCAUUUCCACUCCUCUAGCUUCUUUCCUUUUCAGUCUGCUAAAUUUUUCUGUCAUGUCGUUUUUAAAGUUAGUGUACGUACUAUAAUAUAAUGCAUCUCAGCCUUAAAAACUUCUA